AUGGAGGCAAGCGGUUCGAGAGAGAGAAACACGACGUCGUCACACGAAGACGUAACUAUGGAGGGCGCGGACACACCGGCAGGGAGCUUGAGUAGCUCCAGGGCCAAACGGCCACGCGCACAAACAGAUCAAGGGAUGACGGAAGAUGAACUUGAUGAAGAAGAGCUCAUUCAAGCUUUCACGGAGGAAGAGCGGGCUGAUAUCGAGCGCCAGCUGCAGGACACUACCACAGAAGUGGUUUUCGCAAUGAAUGAGCGCUUGGUGAAGGUCAACGACUGUCGUAUGACGCUAGCCGACUUCAAGCAGGACAUCAUCGAGCUGUGUAAGCAGUUGGGCGUGCUUUUCGAGGGAGACGAAUUGAUUGAAGGCAUGAUGUUUUUAUCAGGGCGCCCAAAGAAUCUGGACCGAGCACUAUGA